GCACCUCUCCAAAUGAACUUUCCAGCACCUUCACUUCACCGCAUGAUAGAAUCGGACAGCACCACCACACUCAACUUUCGCACAGCCUCUUCACGACACUGGAUAAGAAUCCCUGCAGCCAAACAAGCUUCUUCUUCUUCUUCAAGGUAGCCAAAUCGCACAGCCAAAUGGCAGCACCACACACCUCCAACGGCCGCAUAUCUCAACACUGAAAUCACCAGUUUCCACCGCACGACGCCGUGAAGUACGGAAUCUCACCUUGCGCCGCCACAACAGCACUACGAGGACCAGCUACUGCAACCCACGAUAAAAGAUAUGUGAUGGAAAUGUAAGCGUGAGUGACUUCAACAAGAGAGUUGCGGAGAAGCUGUUAAAUAAGAUUGGAGAUGAAGCUGCUAAUUCAGAGAGUUUUCUUUUCCUCAUUCCCGAGUUGUUGAAAAGAGAAGUUCCCCUACCCCAUAAAGGCUUAAAGGCUUAAAUGGCGUCAAAAAUUAAACCACACACAGAAGCCGGAUCCGAGCGCAAAUGGCAAGCACAAAACCAAGUCCUCCUCCUACGCUUCCGAAAUCGGGAGCCAUUUCUAAAGGCUACAACUUCGCCUCUACUUGGGAGCAGAAUGCUCCUCUUACGGAGCAUCAACAAGCGGCAAUCGUAGCACUGUCUCAUGCGGUUGCGGAGCGGCCUUUUCCGCUCAAUCUGGCUCAAGAUCAUGUAUCUCACCCGGAUAAUGCCUUGUCCGUAUCCGUUUCCGUUAAGGAUAGCUCUAUCCGAGAUUCCACUCCUACUAUUCAACCAUUCUUGGUCAAUACAAACCAGUUUUACAAGUGGUUUAAUGAUCUUGAAUCAGCAAUGAAGUCAGAGACAGAGGAGAAAUAUCAACAGUAUGUAAACUCUUUAACAGAGCGCAUACAGACGUGUGAUGGUUUACUUGGUCAGGUGGAUGACACUUUACACUUCUUUGAUGGACUACAGCAGGAGCAUCAAGCAGUAGCUACAAAGACAAAAACUCUUCAUGAUGCGUGUGACCGGCUGGUAAUAGAGAAGCAAAGACUGAUUGAAUUUGCAGAAGCACUUCACAGUAAGCUCAAGUACUUUGAGGAAUUGGAGAAUAUUUCAUCCAAUUUUUAUUCUCCAAAUAUGAAUGUUGGAAAUGAGAACUUUCUCCCACUGCUCAAGCGGCUUGAUGACUGCAUUUUGUAUGUUGAAAGCAAUCCACAGUAUGCAGAAUCCAGUGUUUACUUGCUUAAGUUCCGACAACUUCAGUCUCGAGCUCUGGGCAUGAUACGUUCUCAUGUACUUUCUGUUCUCAAAAGUGCUUUUUCUCAGGUCCAAGCAGCAAUCCGAUCUAGCGGCAACAGCAAAGCAACUGUUUCUGAAGGUGUUGAGGCAUCUGUUAUAUAUGUUCGUUUCAAAGCAGCAGCGAGUGAGAUUAAGCCAGUGCUAGAGGAAAUUGAAAGCAGAUCAUCUAGGAAAGAAUACGUUCAACUUCUUGCCGAAUGCCAUAAAUUAUAUUGUGAACAGCGACUUUCCUUGGUUAGGGGCAUAGUGCAUCAACGGAUAUCUGAAUUUGCGAAGAAAGAGGCAUUGCCAUCAUUAACUAGAUCAGGAUGCGCAUAUCUAAUGCAGGUGUGUCAGCUUGAGCACCAAUUGUUUGAUCAUUUUUUCCCAUCUUCUUCGGAGGAUGUUUCAAGUUUGGCUGCAUUGAUAGAUCCUCUGUCUACAUAUUUGUAUGAUACACUCCGCCCAAAACUUAUUCAUGAAACAAAUAUUGAUUUUCUGUGUGAACUUGUUGAUAUCCUCAAAGUUGAAGUUUUGGGAGAACAACUAAAUAGGCGGAGUGAAUCGUUAGCUGGGCUACGCCCUACAUUACAAAGAAUUCUAGCGGAUGUUCAUGAGAGGUUGACUUUUCGUGCUCGAACACAUAUUAGUGAUGAGAUAGCGAACUAUAUGCCUUUCGAUGAAGACUUGGAUUACCCUGCGAAGCUGGAACAAUCUGUUGAGAAUAAAUCAGAAACUUCUGCUGCGGAGGAAAACCCAGAUGUAUAUAAAACGUGGUAUCCACCGUUGGAGAAAACUCUUUCGUGUCUUUCAAAGUUGUACCGCCGCUUAGAAGCAGCAGUUUUCACUGGUUUAGCACAGGAAGCAGUAGAAGUUUGCUCCAUAUCUAUCCAAAAAGCAAGCAAACUUAUUGUAAAGAGAUCAUCACCAAUGGAUGGGCAGCUCUUCCUUAUAAAGUAUCUGCUUAUUUUAAGGGAGCAGAUUGCACCUUUUGAUAUUGAAUUCUCAGUUACACAUAAGGAACUUGAUUUCUCCCAUUUGCUGGAACAUUUAAGACGAAUACUUAGAGGUCAAGCCUCUUUAUUUGACUGGUCAAGAUCAACUUCGUUGGCAAGGACUUUGUCUCCCCGAGUUUUGGAAAGUCAAAUAGAUGCCAAGAAGGAACUUGAGAAAAGCCUAAAAGCAACUUGUGAGGAGUUCAUUAUGUCAGUCACUAAGCUAGUUGUGGAUCCUAUGCUUUCAUUUGUUACCAAGGUGACAGCUGUGAAAUUUGCACUAUCCUCGGGCAAUCAGAAUCAAAAGCUAGAGUCGGUUAUGGCCAAACCACUUAAGGAUCAAGCUUUUGCUACUCCAGAUAAGGUGGCUGAACUUGUUCAGAAGGUAAGCGCUGCUAUACAGCAAGAGUUGCCGCCAGUUAUGGCAAAGAUGAAGCUCUAUCUGCAGAACCCAUCAACACGAACAAUACUUUUCAAACCAAUAAAGACAAACAUCGUGGAAGCCCAUGUACAGGUACAAUCCAUGUUAAAAGCAGAAUACUCCCCUGAAGAGAUACAAAACAUCAUCAAUAUGGUGUCUAUACAGGAUCUGCAAGCACAACUUGAUAAUCUCCUGUAAGGUAAACUCGCAAUGCCCGUUGAAUUACUUGAUGCCAAAUCUUCCAUCAAUCAGAUGAUCUUGACAUACAGCGGAGUAUUAGGCUUGCCACUAUGGAUCCUUGACGUUGGUGAUAGGUUUAUAGGAAAUUAAAAUGUUCAUUAUCUCCAUCAAUAGUUACUCUUUCUUAUAGCCAAUGUUGCUUUUGAUAAUACUCGCAUGACAAUUAUAAGUCGGUAAGGAGAUGGAAUCUGAUUGAUUUGAGUCUAUUCACAUUUUAUAAAGAUUCAAUUUUAUGUCG